GAUCAAAUUCAUCAAAUUCUGUCCACACCCCAUUUUCUGCUAAAGAUUAGUUCAAAAAUCUCAAAGAUUGCAAAAUGGCUUCAUUGAUCAUGUCAUUUACUCCAACAACUACUAGAGUUUUUGCAGCAACUGCAACAAAAGGUACUACAAGUGCUAGUAGUAGCAAAGAAGAGAAAGGUUUUUUAGAUUGGAUUCUUGGUGGAAUGCAAAAGGAAGAUCAGUUUUUUGAAACUGAUCCUAUUCUCAAGAAGGUGGAAGAGAAGAGUGGAGGGACAGGUACUGCUAGCAAUGGUCGCAAGAACACUGUGGCUGUGCCACAAAAGAAAAAGGGUGGUGGUUUUGGAGGCUUGUUUGCUAAGAAUUAAAGCAAUAUUUGUUUUACAUUUUUUUACCUAUCUUAAAUGUAUGCAUUGUUGUAUUUUCAACCUAGUUUUCAACAUCUUGACCUUAUGAAUAUAUGUUUUAUGUUAUUAAUUAAGUAUGAUUGAUGUUGAGUCA